UGUUGAAUGUGUACUGCUUUUAUUCGUUCGUUUUUUAGUGAUACUUUAUUCAAAUUGUAAAUUUUAAUGCCAAUAUUUACGGACUAAUCAUGGACGAAGUUCCGGCAAGUCCGGAGGUAGUGAAAAAACGGAAGUCACGCCGGAAAACCUUAAGCUUUAAACAGCGAAGUUCACUUUCACUGAACCGCGGAAGACCAUCCGAAGUGAAACCAGAUUCCAAUGUCGAAGACUGUGUUACCGUGCUGCUACCGGAUGACAGCAAAAUAGGGGCAGUUCGAGAUGAAUCGAAUGUACAGUUUGAAAUACCAAAAGAAAACAAUCUGCUCUAUUUUGAUGUGGACACCGAAAACAUUGAGCUGGCUUUCGAAGAUCCCUUGGAGUCGGCUGCCAUUCUGGAAAGGGCAAAUCAAAUUGAGCUGGAAAAUGUAGCGAAGCCAUCCGAGGGUUUCCUUGCGAACGUCCGGAAUAGGUUCGUUAGAAUAGAGGAAGUAAUCGAAUCGGAAGACGAACCUGCAGUAGAGGAAUCAGUUGUAGUAGUUAAGAGAGAAGCCAAUGUGUCGAGGAGUAGGAAAGCAAACUACAGUUACACACAGUUCGAUUUGGAUACACAGGUGCUGGGCAUAUGUGAAGCUGCUGAUAUCCUUGCUGGCUUGAACACCAAUCCCGAACACGAGUUGAAAGACUGGAGCAGCCCCUUGAAGAAACAAGAGUGCGAAAGCGCGACGGAGCUCAUAGUCGAAGGCCAGUCACAUGAAACUCCUCUGCGAAGAAAAGAUCGAUGGAACAACGUAAGACAGUCAUCGUUUUCAAGAAAUUCGAUUUCAAUCCAAGAAUGUAGGACUCCUCCUUCUACUAGCAGAAGAGAUGUUACAAGUUCCAUCACACUUGACUUUAGCGAGGAUUCGGAGAGUGAAUUGGUUGUUGAUUUUUCGAAAAUCAAAUCAUCACAACUUCGUAAACGGUUGGAAAAGAUACAAAACUACAUCGACAGUCCACCUCAGCCAGUUCGUAAAACAGGUGCACGGAAGACAUUUUCUAAGAAGAAAUCUCCAGCUGACAGCCCUCAAACACCGGUUGUAGUUCGACGAUUGAGCUACGAGAGUAACGUUUCCGAGCGGACCAACGGAAUCGAAAUAGAACCAAAUCAUAUUUCUUCGGAGGAUGAAACAGAUUGCGCGGUGGGUUCACAACCGGAAGAGCAGCCCUUGGUUAAUUCUAGUCCCGAGGGUGAUAAUUUUGACUCAAGUUUGUUGAUCAAGGCGAAUAUCAAUCAACUUUCACAGUUUUUCUUGCAAUCGGUGGAAUCAAAAACCCCUUGCAUUAACACGGAAUCUCCUGAAGUUCCUCCGCAAUCAUCGACUCCCAUUUCGCUUCCGUCAGAUCCAGUAGAUUCUCCACAGUUAUUGAAUAUCGCGUGGUUGUUUCGAAGUGAUUCCGAAUCCGAAUUCGAAUCCGGAGAAGAGCCAGAAGCGGAAACAUGUCCCGAUAAACAUUUGCAUCGUCUUUUGGAUGACGAUGAUGAUUUCCUGGUGCAGUUACAUCCGUCGCAGAAAAAGGAAGCAACGCUGGUACCAGUUUCCGUUUGGGAUGGCGACAAGCCCGGUGAAUUUUCUGAAUGUCAGUUUACUAAGCCCCUACCGCCGGACAGUGGCUUUAAAAGCAGAACAACACCUUCAUCGUCUGUCGGAACUGAAUUUAGACUUCCUUCUACCGACCUUCCAAUUCCAUCCUUUGAAGGAUUUCAAACAGCAGGUGGAUCUGGUGUCAAGAUAUCCGAAAAAGCUCUCGCCAAAGCUCGCGCUAUUUGGACCGACGAAGAGCAGAAGCUUAAUGAGGAUAAAGUUUGGCAAAGUACUAUCGGCGACGAAUCAUGCGCAGUCUCAGAACGGAUAGUAGCACCAUCUUUUGCAGAGUUCAGUACAGCCGCUGGAAGCUCGGUACAAAUUUCGGCAAACGCUCUAGCGAAAGCAGAACGACUUUGGAUGGAAUGCGAAGACGAGGGCAAUUUCGGAUUCAAAACAGCUCGUGGAAGUGACGUGAAGAUUUCUGAAACCGCUCUAGCUAAAGCGAGGGCAAUGGUUCGAGAUGUUGAACAGGAAUCAGAAAUGCAGUCAUUUGGCGGGUUCAAAACUGCUGCCGGCAGCAGUGUGCAAGCUUCUGAAAGUGCUCUAACCAAAGCACAAUAUAUUUUCGAGCAGAUUGAGACUGACCUACAAACCGAAAACGAACCAAGCGAUUGCAUGGGCUUUCAAACUGCUCGCGGUGGCACGAUUAAAGUGUCUGAUAACGCUCUAUCCAAAGCGCAGUCACUCUUCCAACAAAUGGAGCUUGAAGCAGAGGAUGGAUUCGGAGAUAACGCAGAGCACAUCAAUAACGGUUUCCGAACAGCUUGUGGAAAGACAAUGAAGGUGUCGGAAAUGGCAAUAGCGAAAGCUCAAGCAAUUUUCCAAGAAGUUGAAUCCGAACCGGUGGAUUUUGAAAAAGCCAACGGUGUGACGAAACGAUCUCGCGAUGUGACCGACUGUGAUGCCGAAACACCACUUAAAAAAUACAAGGCUGAGACGGUCAGUAAUAAUCUAGUUAGUCGAUUCUCUACCAGCACACCGAACUGCAACGGGAUGAUUUCCUCGAAGCAUCACAAUGACAAGACUGAACUCGAACAUUAUUUCGGAGAACUGGACGAUCAUGACUUCCAGCAGUUGUUCAGUAAUACCGAACCAGUGCCUUCCAAUAGCCGCAGGGUGCGCCCCAUGAAGCAGGUCCGGUUGAUGAGUCGCUUCGAACAAUAUGAUAGCACGAGUCCUGUUGAGCAGAAUUUUCCGGUAGGAGCUCAUUGGGACGAUAGCUUUGGGGAUGUCGUUGCCAAAUUGAAUUCCGACGAAGGAUUCAAGGUAGCCCAGCAGAUAGUGGACGCUAGGAGGCUAGCCAGACAGCGACAAAAGGACUAUAUUGACAACAAACCGGAGGCUGAUCGAAGGCCGAGAUUGAGCGAAUUUGUACGACAAAAAAGAUUGAUUGGUAGAAAGACGCUUCAACAGGUCCUGGGGGAUGGCAAACCAUUCGCUGGUGUUGAUGAUAUUCCUGAGCGGUUGCGAGAGCUGAGUGUAGCAAAUGCGGUCGACUUCAAGUUUGAUAUGAUUCAACUGUACGGCAAAGCCGAGUGUCUGGAAAAUAUAGAGGGAAUCCUACUUGGAGACCGAGAUGCCACCACCCGACUACUGUUCAAUGAUCGCUGUCAGGUGGGCUUUCCCGAACUCAGUUCUGCUUUCCUCGCCUCUCCCGGCAUCGACCCAGCUCUCAUUCCUCAUCGGUGGAUUGAGAAUUACUGGGUGUGGAUUCUCAUCAAAUUAUCUUCCAUGGAGCGUAAUUUACCGGAUCAUUUUGGUGGGGUCACCACUCCGGAAAACGUUUUCAACCAACUCUUUUAUCGAUACCACGUAGAAAUUGAUUGUGCCAAAAGGUCUGUGAUAAGAAAAAUGCUGGAGAAAGACGACAUUGCCGGUAAGCGGAUGGUUCUGUUUGUGUCUCGGGUAUUCCGAGGACCAGAUCCAUUCGAUGCGGAGGUUGAACUCUGCGACGGUUGGUAUCCCAUUAGGACUGUGCUGGACAGCCCUUUGAUUCAAGCUGUACUCAGAGGGAGGAUUGCAAUAGGGACAAAGCUCAUGAUUCAAGGGGCGGAAUUAUUGAAUCUCAAUGAAGGGUGCUCUCCGUUGGAAGUGCCAGCUGAUGUUAGACUUAAAAUCCACGCCAAUUCCACUCGACGGACGAGGUGGAACACCCGGCUUGGAUUGUAUAGAGUGCCUUCCAGUUUUGUGAUAUCGUGCAACGACGUUCUGGAUCGAGGUGGACUCGUUGUUAGCUUAGAGGUAGUAAUUGUUCGAAUUUAUCCGAUGAUGUAUGUCGACAAGACGCAGCGCGAUGCUUUAGGAUCUGUAUUACGUUCGGAACGAGUUGAAAGACGAAGGACGCUGGAGAGCGACAGCAAUCGUUUCGAAAACUUGCAAGCACUUUUUAGUCAAGUGCAAAAAGAAGUGGAAGCAGAAAAGGGGCCACAAAAUGCGCGUAAUUUAAAUAGCAGACUGACGAGAUCGACCACCACUACCGAACUGUUGGCACUGGUGGAGGCCGGCUUGGAUCUUUCGUGCAUAGAGGUCGAACUGAGUGCAACCCAACGCGAGGUCAUCAUGGAUCAUCAACGGCGAAAGCAGGAGGAAUGUCUCCAGGAGGUGAACCGGCGCGUCAAAGAACGUAUGAACUGCCAAGUUAGCAAACGUAAGGUAAGCUCACUGCUCAAAGUGCGUGUAGUAGAUGCUCGGAAGCCGGAGAAGGUUCUACUGUUGUCUAUUUGGCGUCCUCCUGAAGAUCUUUGCGAAAUGUUGCUGGAACAAAAGGCAUUCGAGAUAAGGAACGCCACUGCCAACGGCACCAGAAACGGCGAAGUGCAGUUGACAACCGGAAAGAACAGUUCUUUCCAGCCCUUAAGUCGUCAGUUUUGUGAGUUACCGGGACAAUUGCUGAGACAGUUGACGAGGAUAGCUGAUAUUGAAUUCUCUAGCUUCCGGCCAUAUUUCAAUGAGUUCGAUACGGUAGGUGUCGUCGUUCAAAUUGGAACAUUGGAAAGUAAAAAAUUUCAAACCGUAUACGUAUCUGACGCGGAAAUGAACUUGCUGUGCGUAAAUUUCUGGUCCGGUAUAAAAGAAUAUGCAUACGAGGACGUUAUUAAAGAACGAACCGUUCUCUGCAUAUCAAAUCUGCAGUGGCGAACGAUCAAUGCCUUCAGUGUGAUUCCGAAUUCUUUUGCCACCGAGUAUACUACUUUCAGUGAGCAUUCCAAGUCAGAGCAGUCUUCAGAAGAGUUACAGAGAUUGCAUGUCAUAUUAAAUGGCAUAAAUCAGGACGACUUUUAUGAACAAUGCAAAAUCAAAAUUGUUGAACUGAAAGAUAAGAAGCUUCCUCGUACUAACAGCUUCAACACGCCGAUUCGUAACUACUCAGCAACAACUCCUAUGAGAUCAGUAUUGGGAAGUGUGAAUUCCAACGCUGCUACUACACCGACCGAUUUCUCUCCCGGCGUUGGACAGCCUGUUAGUUUACAGAAACGUAAAUUAGAACAACUAGCUGCUUACAAAAGCCCUCCGAAACUGAGUCCUAUUAUUAUGCGUCACAAUCCUCGCGUGAAGAAACAUUUUAAAACCCCAGCCAGGCUGGAGGACCGAAUCGACCAAGUCGGAAAAGAUGAUUCGCUGUGUUGAUGCUUUAGUUGCUAGUUAUUGUUGAACUUAUAAUCGACCAUUAUUAUUAAAGUUAUCGUGUUAAUAUUAUUUCCGUCUGGCUGAUUAAUAGAGAAACUUCCUUAGAAAUAAAUACUCUUUCGAUUCUUGAUAUCGU